AACUCCGACUAGUUGGCCCAUACCUUCCUUUCUACCUUAGCCACCAAGGCUUCCAUUCCCGUGACGAAGCAAAAACCUCCUAUAAAACACAGCUCUCCCGAACACGGAUCAAACGGCUCCGGAAAAACACCCAAAAAAGGCGGCGGAAAGGGGAAAAGGAAGAACAUGGACGGGCACGUCGGCCAGUUCUUCGAGUCGGUGAGCUCGAUCUUCCGCGGGAGCGACACCCUCCCCGUGUGCGACCGCGACAUCAUCGCCGGUUGUGAGACAGAGGUUGCUGAGGCUGCAAAUGAAGAACAGAAGAACGACAGCCUCAUGAGACUGUCAUGGGCGCUUGUUCACUCUAGGCAGCCCGAGGAUGUCAACCGCGGCAUUGGAAUGCUUGAAGCUUCUUUCGGCAAGUCUAACAGUCCGCUACAAACAAGGGAGAAGCUCUAUUUGUUGGCUGUUGGACACUACAGAAAUGGGGAUUACACAAGAAGCCGUGAGCUUCUGGAAAGAUGCUUAGAG